AGCCCAAAACAAGCCCAAAGGACACCAGCGAAGCGCCCAUUCGGUAGAAAAGCCUCGAACAGGCGUAGCCGAAGCAUACAGCGAACUGCGAAGUAACAAUUCCCAGAACACUCCAAACAAACAGAAACAAUUUAGCAAAGCCAUGGAAGUGGAGGGAUCUUCGAAGAAAAUGAUCGCAACGCAGGCUGAAAUGGUGGAGGCGAAGGUCCCGCUUCCAUACAGAGACCAAUGCGCCCACCUUCUGAUCCCUCUCAACAAGUGCAGGCAGUCCGAGUUAUACCUACCCUGGAAGUGCGAGACCGAGCGCCACUCCUACGAGAAGUGCGAGUACGAACUCGUCAUGGAGCGGAUGCUCAAGAUGCAAAAGAUCCGUGAAGAAGAGGCCAAGUUGAAGCAACAGCAGACGAAGAAGCAGCCGUUUCCUCUCAUUCCCAAAACUGCCCAGGCUUCUUAGACUAGUAUAUCCGAAAUGGGAGCUUUGAAACUGUUCAGACAUGGAUGCUCCAAUCUUUUUCACCGGUAUUGAUUUGAAGUUAACUGAAACUGGUUGUUCGGAAACAAGUAUGAGACUCAUUUUUUGCUGCUGCUUUUUUAGUUUGCAACCCUUUGUCAACAUAUGGAAUAAAAUUUAUCACAAUGAUAUUUGUGAUGUAUAUUUGGCCGCUGUUCUCCAUUUCUUCCGUAACUUGGAAAGAGAAAAUACUAUGUUUAAGCUUGCAUCCA